AUGGCUGGUAACACCAACAACGAAUCCUGGAUGACUGAUAACGUUGUUGAUCACGACUUACCACCCACCUUCCGUGAAGAGGACUUCAAUUUUCUCGAAAAUGUGUCGUUCGCAGAUCAAAAUCCUGACAACAACAAUCAGGAUAACGUAGAGCAAGAAGCGGCUUCGACAUCCUCGAAUCCCCACUUGCCUCAAUCCUCUCCUCGUGAUCUCAUGACCGUCGACAACGCUCAGUCAGACGUUGAUGACCAGGAAGACGCUGACGACUUGCCAAGUGCAGACCCUGAGGACACAGCAGGAGGCCAAGAAGAAGAGGUACCUUCACCCGUUGAGGAAGACACCGACAGUAGUCUUGCAGAUCAGCCAACACCUAACCUGCCGGAUAUAGCCACAUUGGAAGCCUUCAAUCAGGACGACUGGACAGACUCCGUGGCAAGCCGGCUGACUAUACCACGGCUUUAUGCUCCUGCUACUCCACAUCCUAGCGUUCUCUUCCCAUCAUCACCAGCUCAGUCUCAGUCGUACCCGGUAAUGAACGCACUAGUUGCGACUCAAGGGGUAGGUCAACAAGGACAGGCACAACCGUCUGAUAAUACUGCCAAUGCUCAGCCACCAAGCACGCAAGUCGCACAGCCGCAGAACACAACAAGCACUGCGCCCUCUACAGGUUCUGUUGGUACUGGCUCACAACAAUGUCACCCUCUUCCUCAAAGCACACAACCACAGACCCUUCCUCCAAGCUCGAACUCGCAGUCAGGUACCGGCACACCUUCGUCGUCUUUGACAGCUGCAACGCAGAGCGGGCAGCAGUCACCAUCUACACGGCCGCCAUCCACCUCGACUCCAGCCGGGACCGGAAAUGCUGGCACCUUGGGACCCGUGAACCAGUCAACCCGUCGCCGAAAGAGAAAGAAUCCAGGUGAUAAUGAUGACGAGCCUGUGUUGGCGGCACCGCCUGUAAAGAAAGUCGCCCAAUCGAGUAAUGGGACAAACAGAGCAGAGUUUGGUACCGCUGGCAGUGUGCCGUUGGCGCCUAAUCAGUUUACACGUCGACCACCACCGACCUAUACGCCUUGGCCACCCUCUUCCUACAAUCCUCUACAAGGGCCAGGCCAUGUAUCUCCUUUGAACAUGCGUUCGCCACCACUUCUUGCCCCUCGUCCUCCUCAACCACCUCGCGGUGCGCCUCCACAGCAGCACACUCCAUCCACGAACACCGGUCCUCCUCGGCAUCCAUUCGGUUUUCCUGGCUUAUCUCAGCCUCCACAUAGCCAGGUUCCAACCUUUGAAAAUGGUCCACGACCUCAUUUCCCUCCCCCUGGUCCGCCUACAGGUCAAACAAAUCGAGGCAACCGACCACCAGUGCAACAAUCCAGCUGGUAUGACUUUCUGGGCCCUGAUCGUGGCGGUAGCAAUUGGACGAGUCCAGUUACUAAUACUCGUGCUGACUAUGAGCCUCAGGCAGGUUCUGGCUAUGGAUCUAAUGUUGGUACUGGCUAUGGGACUUAUGCUGGUUCUGGUUAUGAAUCCCUGACUGGUAGGGGUUUUGGACAUCAGAGUGGUGCUGGCCAUGUGUUCCAUCCUGGCCCUCCUCAAAGAGUACCAGGAUAUCUAGGACCCGCCACACAACCAUCACCCUUUGAGACAUAUACGCCACCUCGAAUAGGGUCGACCACGCAGCACCCUGCAACAUACCGAGGUGGUAGCACAACCUCUUCACAUCCCAGCCUCUAUCGGCAGUAUGAUGCGAGGGAAUCCAAUUCUGCAUCGACUGGACCAGUUUCUGGUCCGAGUAUGGAUAAUCGUGGCCAUCAUGAUCACAACAAUCCUUUUGCUGCUCACCGAAGCGAAGCUGUGGAACGUCGGGAGGGCGCCUUGUAUGGAUCUGGUCCGAGGAACGUGGAUGAGUCUCGAGGGCAGGAGCGUUUCAAUUGCGAUCUGGAUGUUGAGGAAGAUGAGGGACGGUCGAGUAUCCUGGCAAGAUCUUUCUCUUCACAGAGAUUUAGAGAUCGGAGGUCUCAGAAUUGA